CUUUAUCAGACGCCUGGGAAAGGGGGCGGCGCCUCGCUGGCAGCAGGAGUUGUGUAAGGGGAGAGUGAGAGCAGCCCAUUGAUACGCGGGAGCUGGAGCGUUGCUUGUGUAAGCAGGAUCUGCUGGGCACUCCGGAGGGAUUAACACCACUUUUGGAAAUCGUCUCAUCACAUAAUCUGAAGAGUAAACAUCUACCGCAGGUUCCAGAAACCAAUAUAGAGUUGCUGGUGUCAUAGCCACUGAAGACCGACCAGCUGAUUUAAGGUUCAAAUCAAGAGCUUUGACUGAUGAUGAAGGAUUACUGUGGUAUUGCUGCUUCUACCAUACUGGGGAAAAAAACAGAAUAAACCACACGGAGAUACUUCUAAUAGCAUCAAAAAUUUAUUUCCCCAUCCUUCUCCUCUGCUAAGUGACCUGGUGAAAGACAAAGGCUAUUAAGAAGGCUCUCUGUUCACAUCCUGAUUUUCAAAGCUAAACAACAGGGCAGGAUCUGGCUACAUCAAUGACCGCAUCUUUAUCCAUGACACACUGAGACAGUUGAGUUCUUCUGGGACAACUCAGAUAACAAACAAGAGAACAAGGUGUUUGAGAUCCAGAAAGAAGACACUCUUCCUUGAGGGGGCUCAGCAGUGGAAUAAGCUACCAGAAUCCAUCAGUUCCCAAACAGGCUAACAAAAUGUUUGGCACUGUGGUGGUGGGGAUCGGAAUUGCUGGAUCUGUGCGGAUAAGAGACAUGCUGAAUCCGAUGCCUUCCAGCCCUUCCGAGCAUCUGAAGCUGGUUGGCUUUGUAUCCAGAAGAACCCUGGGUAGCAUUAACGAGGUCAAGCAGAUUGGCCUGCAAGAUGCUCUGGGAAACAAAGAGAUCCAGGUGGCCAUCAUCAGCACUGACAACAAAAGCCAUGAGGAGAAUGUCAGGAUGUUCUUGGAGGCUGGGAAACAUGUCCUUGUCGAGUACCCCAUGGCGCUGUCCGCUAACACAGCACGUGAGCUCUGGGAGAUGGCUGAGCAGAAAGGUAAAAUCCUCCAUGUGGAGCACAUUGAACUUUUGACAGAAGAGUACAAGCAGCUGAAAAAGGAAGUGGCUGGGAAGGAGCUUGUGAAAGGAACUUUACAUUUCACAGGUGGUGCCUUGGAUGAAGAGCGAUCAGGCUUCCCAGCUUUCAGUGGAAUUGCCCGCCUGACUUGGCUCAUUGACCUCUUUGGAGACCUCACUGUCACCUCAGCCACUAGAGAGGAACAGAAAGAAGAGAGUUAUUCCAGAAUGACAGCAAAUUUUCAGACUGCAGACAAGAAACCUCUGACAUGGAUUGAAGAAAGGGGACCAGGGCUGAGACGUGAUAAGAAAAUCAGCUUCUGUUUCAAAAGUGGUUGCCUGGAGAACCUCCCUGAGGCCCCGAGGUCUGCUGUGGGCCUCUUCAUGCAAGAUCAGAACCUCUUUGCCAAAAAACUGUUCAGCCAGGUCUCCAGAGAAGAGCUGGCCGCUGAGAAGUGGCGCAUCCUGCGGUGCCUGGAUCUUGCAGAGGAGAUUCAGCAGCACUGUGAACAGCCAGCAGAUAUCCAUUUCUAAGGCCCCUCUUUAUGAAAAAGGGACUAUGGUAGUCAGAGGCUAAGUAGAGCUGCAGCUUAGUGUUACCAUAAAACGGCUUGUUGGCAGUUAACUUCUAUUUGGUUGGUUCUUACCAUUAAUAUCCAUGGGGCUUCACUCAGAAGCUUGGGCCCCACAAGCGUUUUAGGCUGUGUGAGAUAUUUAACAUGGCAGAACUGGAUGAUGCAUUGGGCUGUCGCCAGUGCAUGGCAUCUUUCCAGUCAAAUUUAAAGCUACCAGGAAAAGAGCAUUCAGACAUGUUGCUCCCACAGAAGUCAAUGGGAGAUUUUGUCAUUGACUUCAAGGGGAGCAGGCCCAAUGAGACUGCAGAAGUUACGAUUCAUUAAAUAUAAUUUUAGUUCCUUCUUCUUUUUAAUAUAUAUGAGAGCAAGGGAUUUAUAGCACUGACUAGAAUGAGGCAUAGAGCUGCUCUACAAGCCUCUCUGCCUCCGAAGGCCUUAUAGCACCGCAUGCCUGACCUGCAAAACUUCUCAUAUUCCAGUCCUGUCCCUUCCCUGAGAAGUUGCCCGGAAUGAUAUUUUGCAUAUUGGCUGUGGGCCAGAUUCUGAUAUUUUACACCAGGGUAAACCAAAUCCAUUACUUGCAACGGCAUUUACACUGGUUUAAACACAGAAUAAAUUAGAUUGGAAUCUGUCCUCUCACUGGACGUUAUGCCGAGAUCACUAAACUGAUUUCUCCGCUGCCUUAUGCCGGGUUGGAACUCAGAGGCGAAAAGUUAGUAUAAUACAUUAACCCACUUCAUCACCUGCCCCUUGCCCAGAUCCCUUUCCCAUAAUCAGUCCUUGGCUCCUCUGUUUUUGAGCACAGUGGCACUGAAUGCGUUCUGUUCCCACACUGAGGCAUGCCCAUAACCACUAUUAAUGUUCAUGAGAAUUCUGCAUGUGACUCAAUGUGAGAAUGGAUCACUCUGAAUAAAUGAAAUGUAUUAAUUUAAUUAAUAGAAACUAUAAAUAAUACAUUUAUAGAAACAGGGACAAUAUAGUAAUGCCAAUUAUAGCAUGGUUUUAGGAAAUAGAGCAUUUUUGCAAAUGACAACCGUGCAACUGUGCCGUUAUUUUAUUUGUUGUUUUUCAGUAGUGCCCAGAGACUCCAUAGUGCUAGUUGCUGUACAAAUACAUGGAAAGAUUUGGUCCCUGCCCUAAAGAACUUGCAGUCGUGAAAAGUGCCAAGUCAUCAGCAUGCAUAGAGAAAAAACUGAAGCAAUACCUUUGUCUCCCUGUAUUAUAUUCUAAUUACAAUGCACAUCUGUUAUAAUAGCAAUACAACCCUCUUGAGAAUGUAUUGUUGUCUCCCAAAUAAUACUUCAUGGGAAGCCAGCAGCCCUUAUCCACAUUGACACUGGAGGAGUAAACUCCAAAACUAGGCACAUAUAUUAUAAAUUAUAUACAAUAUAAUAAAUAUAAAAUAAUGGUCAAAUAAAACUUUAACGAAACUCCUCUACACAGAAGGUUCAAUUAGAGAUUGGGGAUGGGCAGGAUGAGGUAUGUUGGUUAGUUGGUUGGGUUUUUUAAAUCCAAAUCAGGUCAGCCAGACCUAAUUAGUAGUAUCUUUAUUUUGAGGUGCUUCUAAGUUGUGCUUGCAAAAUAUGGGCCUGAUCCAGUGCCCAUAAAAAUCACUGGAAAGUCUCCCUUUGACUUCAUUGGACUUUGGAUCAGGCCUUAAAUAUACAUGUGCACAAACAGGAAACCUGUGCCUGCAGAAUAUGCAUUGUGUUGCCAAAUGGGUACUUGAGUACCAAACAUGUAUUUUGCACAUUGACGUACUUUGCAGGAGCAAAUACAAUGCCGUCUUUGGGAGGAGGGAAAUUAUAUGCUCCCUAGUUUUAUGACACAAAAUGUGGAGUCCAUCCUGAUUAAAAAUAGAAUUAAAAUCUUCUGCUAUGGAUAUUCAGCAGUGCACAAACUAUUUCUGGUUUUGUGACAGGAAAAAAACACUGUAGAUGCUAGAGUUGAUGACUCAGUCCCUCCUUUCCUAAUCAGGUCACACGAAGUGAGUUUGAAGCAUUUUGCAUAUAAUCCUGACGCUUUUAAAAAAAUACAUGCUGCAGGGGAGUGUCUUAGACAAUCUGGAAAAAAACCUCAACAGGGAGGCAAAACACAUAGAAGAGAUCAAACAAACUGUACUUAGCACUGAAGUUGAGUUUUUGUUUAAAAAAAUAACCACCCCACGCCAUGCUAAUACUUUGUAAUCUUUGAGUGAGUGAAAGCUUUAAGGUGGGAUUUUCAGUGUUGUCCUAUCUG